CCUCUGUCGCUCGCCAUGCCGGCUUGUGCGCCCGAAUACCGCCUGAUGCGGUCCGCUACCGAACUUGUGCUCUCACCGCGCGUCAAAGGAUGCUCGCACAAACCUUCGUCGUCCACCACAUUGCGACGCUCAUUCUCAUCGACGUUCUCCUUGAUCCCUGAAGAGCGAGCCGUCCCACCGGAACACCCACCGUCUCUGCCAAGACUGAUUCAAAUCAUAACAUGGAUUCCCCGACAGUUUUUUCGUCCAGUCUUCGCUUUCUUCAAUUUCAUCGCUCAUCCAGCCUGGAGACAAAUAUUAGUUGUUUUACCAACGUUAUGGAUCGCGGCGUCGCUCUUUAUAUUUUGGAAAUGCGUUCAAUACCCUCUUGGAUUUUUAAAGAUUCUUGGAAGUUUGAUCUCGAGGAAUGUCGAACUACAGCGUACCGUGCUCAUCAGUGGAGGGAGUUCUGUACAAGCUCUACAUUUAGCGAGAAACUUUCACUCUGCAGGAGCCAGAGUGAUAGCUUUCGAAGUUGAUGGACAAUUUGCAUUAUUAAAAUAUUCUGCGGCAGUUCAUAAAUUCUACACCGUACCUCGGCCAAACCCAGCAGAUCCCUUGGCGUAUGCUCGUGCUCUAAAAGAAAUAGUGGAAAGAGAAUCUGUUGUGUUCUAUAUUCCCGUGAGUUCUUCGACGCCGGCAUACUACGACGCCUUAGCUAAACCUCACUUAGAAGUAUUAGGAUGUCAAUGUUUCGUACCAUGUGCCCGAGACGUAGUUGCCUUGGAUGAUCCUUUGGAACUGAUGCGAGUUUGCCGUGUUGCUGGUUUCUCUACGCCUCAAUUCUGGGUGGUAACUAGUGAAGAUGAUGUUCGAGCAUGGUAUAACAACGGAGUAUCAAAAGAAGGACGUCACUUUAUUGCUAGCGCUGGUGCACGAGGUGCCAGGGAUCGUCUGCGAUUUGUUAUGCCUGAAGAAAAGGCAAACUUUAGAUUCCCGCGAGAAAUAAGUGCUGAGAAACCUUGGGUUAUAGUUCGAGAGCCUAAAGGAGAAAAAUUUGUGACAUGCACUACGUUAAAAGAAUCACGUGCAGUAAACAAUGUGACAUGUCGAGUAGAUCCAUCAAAAAAAGGUCUCGUGCCACAAAAGGAUGAAGAAACCGACGCUUGGGUACAAAGAUUUGUAGCUUGUCUCUCACCAUCGAAGCCUAUGACGGGACAUAUAUCGUUUAGAUUAGUACGCGAGGAAAAUACGAUGAAUGGAUAUGGAACUAGAAUGGUCGCAGUAGGUGCUCGUGUCGGAGUAUCGUUACCCUAUCUGUGUCAAGGGACCAAAAGAUGCGGUCAUACAGCAACAGUGGGAAAAUUGCUAAAUACUGUAUUAGACACACGUGAAGCGUUAUUCGCAUUCUGGGAUCCAUUACCCUAUUGUGCAUAUUAUCAAUCUCGAUCACCUGAAGAGCGUAGGCCGCCAACGCCAGAACCUUGCAAGACUCCACCGAAUUUCCCUCUCUGAAGUUAAAUAUACAGUCGCUAAAGUGGUUAUUUAUUAAGACGCUCGAGUACCUGAGGACUGCGUGAGUGUGAGGUUCUGACGUUGAAUUCGGAAUCACGCUUUCUCUAUCGGUUGUCCUCUCGCUCGGACGACACGUAUAUAAGAGGUCGUGGAGUCAGAGGACGAUAUCAUUUUGUAACUACUACGUAGAUAUAUUUGUAAGAAGUUUUGAGAUUUCAGACUUGUUAUUAAUUUUAAUAUUUACUAUUGAAUGUCUAUUGUUUUUACGUGUGCUGAGAAAAAUAUGAAAAUUUUAUAAUACGAGUAAAUAUUAGAUAGGUAUAAGUUAUUGGACUAUUUGUUACGGUAUUUUUCGUAAUACUGUAUAUAAUUAAAAUAAAUGUGUACCUAAAUUUUUCUCAAAACGUAUGUAAAGAAUUGUAUAUACCUAGUAUAAGUGUACAUUUACUUCUUUGUAUAUUUAUGAUGUAAGUUGUAAGGAUACCAAGUGUUUUGAGCUCCGUGCUAUUAGUGUUGUAAGCAUUAAUGGCAACAUACCUAUUUUGUGUUUUUUUUUUCGGCAUUAAAUAUUUUUACAACUAUGUUA